UUUUAAGUGAUCUCUAGGGACUGUUAAAAGGCGAAGUUCAAGCCUGCACUUAUCGCAUGCUAGAGGCGUUUGCAUCCGUGGACCGAUGCCCUUAUUUGGCGGCAAGGACAGCGUUCCAUCACUGGGAUUGGCCAACCGUAAUGUCUAUUCAAACAAUCUUUCAGACUGUUUAAUUCAUUCAAACAAAACAUGAACGAAGUCGCGCACCAAGUGUAGCCCUCUGCUAAAAGGCCUUCUUGUGCGCUUCUUUACUGAUUGAAGCACUUCCCUGGGCCAUUUACGAGAGGAUUAUCAACAAAUGACGCGCGGUUCUUGAAGAGUUUCACAUCCUCGAUUCUUGGAACUUGUAGACAGGUCAAAAUGCCGCCUCGAAGAAAAGGCACGCAAGCCAUACGCAAAAGCGUUAUGGUACACAUCGAUCAGUCCGCAUGCGAUCUCAUCCACAAACCCGUACAAAGCGCACGUGAAUAGUUACAUGUAUUUGGUGGUCAAAAACCACAAUUUAAUCGCAGUAACGACCCGCCAUUUCUCCCAGAUCAUGCUACUUUGAUUGCUUAUCAAUGAUAUCCUGCCAGAGCCAAAUGAAUCGAUUGAUAUUUGGAAUUAUUGGAAUGGAUCCAGAGGAAUAGAUGUCCCGGGCUUCUGCGGGUGAUGGAAAGUGGAAUUUUGUCUGCAAAUAGGAUCUCAAGAGUAUUAAACUUAUGUCUAUUUUAUUUUAGUCGCAAAAAUAAAUGUGGUAACCGAAUAACUAAUGCAUUUUUCGCAUCAGUAAGGACACCGAAAAAGAAGUCAGCCAUGACCCUGUUGGAUUGCGCUGUCUGACCCGAUCAUAAUUAAAACGGAAAGAGUUACAUUCUCAGAAACUGGACUCUGUUAAAAAUUCCUGCUAUGUUUAAAAGUGAAGAAAUUGCUAACAGAACAUUUUCAGAGCGGCUGACACGUUUUGUCGUGAAACUAAUACAGAAAUGGCUGAGUGAUCAUUGAUCCGUCUUUCUCAAAGAAUAGGCUAUUAACGAGUAAGCAUCGACAAAUCGGCUUUUGCUGAUUACAUUAUCUUGUGGAAGCUUGAAAAUAAUAAUCGAGACCUUUUGAUUGUGAUCCAUUGAAUUUUAAAUGUUAGUUUUUGCAAUUGGGAGUUCCUAGUUUGUCACCCUCAAGACAAAGAUUAGUCAAUGAGAGCUUUUAUUUUCGUUGAACAUGUUAACUUGCACAGUAAAAGGGUCUCGGUCACGUAUUCGAGUUGAAUACUUCCUCGACACGUUCCUAAGAAUCUGCUGUCAGAUCCACGGUUCCCGAUACCUGUUCCUGUUUUUAAGUGCAGACUGCUUUUUGACCCGUGCUUUGUCCGGAAUCUGUUUGUCAUAAUCAUUGAAGCGAGUCAACCUUGAACCCAACGGGAAAAACAAAGAGUGUAGUAGCAUCAAGUUUGUUUGUCCGUCACCUCCCACUGAAAUCAGCUCACAAACAGCUAUAAGACGCCUUGCGUGCCCGUAACCAGAACCUCUCGAGCACCGCUUGAAACGUGCAACUCUCUGGUCGAUAUUUCGCGUACCUAGUGACUCGUGGUACGCAUUUUGAGGAACAACGAUCACUUUGAUUCGAUUUUAGCGAACACUGAAGAAACAGAUCAAUUAUCAAUAUGUACUGGGGAGACCUCGCAGAUAAGUUGGCGGAGCAUUCCAUUGUGAUUAUUUUCCUUGCUCUCGUGGUUGUUUUGCUGUUUUUAAGACACACCAGACCGUCAGUCAAGAGAAAACCACCCGGUCCUUGGAGUCUACCGGUGAUUGGCAAUAUAUUUCUCUUCGGAUCAGCUCCUCACAAGAACGUCACAAGGCUCGCUAAACAGUACGGAAGAGUCUUCGCUAUGAAACUUGGUAGCAGAGAGGUCGUGAUUCUCAAUGACAUCAAGACAGUUAAGGAGGCUCUUCUCAAGAAUGGCACCGACUUCUCAUCUCGCCCUCCAUUGCACAGUUUUAUAUCGUCCAGCCGAGGUGAUAGAACAGUUGCAUGGCCCGUGUUUGGUCCAAAGUACGCCAACAACAAGCGAGCGACGGAAUUGGCCAUGCGAGCUAUCCUUGAAAAUGACAAGUACCUCUCCAAAAUAGUCCUUAGAGAGACGCACGUGUUAAUCGAGAGUCUCCUAAACUCGGACGAGGGCCGGUUCGAUCCUUCUUACCUGUUAAAAUUCUUUGCCUGUAGUUUGCAGUUUUGUUUGUUUUUCGGGGACAAGUUACGCGACGCUUACGUCAAGAAGGCUCAAUUCAUGAUGGACGGUUCAACAGAUUUUAUAGAAAAUAGUGCCGUGGGUAACAGCGUAGAUUUCAUGCCGUGGAUGAAAGUGGUGUUCAAGAAACAAGUGGAAAAACUUGACGCAUCCAUCGCAGAACUUACCACAUUUGUCAAGAAAAUUUUUUUCCUCCUGAAGAGUGAUUCCAGCCUGAACAACUUAGACGAGUCACUUUCCAGGAUGCCCACUACCUUCGUCGAGGCAUUGGCGAAAGUAGUGAACGACAGAGAUGCAUUAGAUUUUGGAAACGAACGUUUCAGUAAAGACUCCUUGGAGGGAAUUUCAAGACACUUUGACGAUGAAACUUUGAUUAAUAUAACAGCUGACUGUUUCGGCGGGGGAUACGAAAAAUUAUCCACCGCCCUCCGUUGGGCUGUGGCUUACCUCGUGUCCCAUCCCGACGUGCAAACGGAAUUGCAGGAUGAGCUUAGACGCGUGAAAGGUUCUACGCCCUUGACGCUCCACGACAGAAACAGCUUUCCACUUUUAGAGGCAACAGUUCUUGAGAUCUUGCGGAUGAGCAGCUUUCUUCCAUUCGCUUUGCCCCACUGCACAACCCAGGAUACCAGUGUGGCUGGAUACCCUUUACCAAAGGGAACCAUUGUCUUUAUUAACCUGUGGGCCUGUUCCCGUGAUCCACAGUACUUUGAAGACCCCAACACGUUCAAUCCAUACCGUUUCUUGGAUGAAACUAAACAGAACAUUGUACGAUCACCGUGUUUCUUGGCGUUUUCAGCAGGGGACAGAAAAUGCCCCGGAGAAAGCUAUGCUAAGUCAGUUAUGUUCCUGGUGUUGGGCACCAUAUUGCAAAACCUUAAACUUCGCAAUGGAACCGAAGAUCCCAUCGAAGACAAGUUCGGGCUGACCAUUCGUCCAAAGGCGUACAAGAUUCGCGUUGAAGCGAUUCAGUGAAUAUGGAGUAAGGAACUUUCAAGGAAUGAAAGGUACACAGCUUGACAUAAAGGCUAAAUGACUGUCAGAGUGUGAACUGAUGAUUUGACAUCGAUUCAUUGAUAGUGAUACAAAGGACCAAGUAAGUCUUGAUUCUUCAGGUUAAGAUAGUGAAAGUCGUUUUCUCCUUAAUUAGGCAUGACCAAACAAACCGCUGCUGAUCUUAAGCUCCGUGAAGAGCACUGCAAGAUUGUUGGUUCAGACUUUUUUAACCAUUUUCCUACUUUCAUGUUUUUCUUAUAUGUAGAUAUAGAACUUAAAACGGGCGGACUGCACCUUUGAGUGUAGUGACAUAA